CGAAUCUUUGAGCUUCUAAGCCAAGCUCGUAAUAAAAUUAUUGUCUAUUUGUUUUGCCUAUAAAAUCCCCUCAUAGCCUCAUAACCCCAUUGCACCAAGAAAUCAUACAUUAUAUAUGUAUAGUUCUUAAACCCUUUUAAUUUCCUCUCUCUUUUUUUGCUUCCCCGUUUUUGGUUUUAACUAACAAUGUCAAGGAUCUUGGAGCCAGCUCUGAGUGUAGGAAGAGUAGUGGGAGAUGUGGUAGACAAUUUCACCACAAGUGUAAGAAUGAAUGUCGUUUACAACUCCAACAAGCAAGUUGCUAAUGGCCAUGAGAUCAUGCCAUAUGUCGUUAUUUCGAAACCUCGGGUUGAGAUUGGUGGGGACGACAUGAGGGCAGCUUAUACAUUAAUUAUGACAGACCCGGAUGCUCCAAGCCCUAGCAAUCCGUACUUAAGAGAACAUCUCCAUUGGAUGGUCACAGACAUUCCUGGAACAACUGAUGCCUCAUUUGGAAGAGAAAUUCUGAGUUAUGAAACUCCGAAGCCGGUGGUGGGCAUCCACAGAUACGUGUUCAUCUUGUUCAAGCAGAGAGGAAGACAAACCGUGAGAUCUCCAGAUUCCAGAGACUAUUUCAACACAAGGACAUUUUCACAAGACAACAAUCUCGGCCUUCCCGUCGCCGCCGUCUACUUCAAUGCUCAGAGAGAAACUGCUGCGAGAAGAAGAUGAUAUGAUCAUCAUAAUUAAUUCAAGUUCAAGAAGGGAAAAAAAAAAUUUAGUUAUAACUAACUAAAAACUACGAUCAUUAUCAUCUACAACAAACGACAAAAAUGGGGUUCUUCUUUUUUAUCUUUUGUUUGUUUGUUUGUGUCGGUGAAGAUUAGUCUUCACUUUGAUGUGUGAGUAAAGUCCUAAAUUUCUUGUACUGUGUUGCUAGUACGGACCUUUUUCUUGGUUUAAUGGUAUUGGCAUUAGUUAAG